AUGUCCGACCAAGCCAAGUACACCAACAAGCUCCACGGGAAACGCAUCCUCGUCAUAGGAGGCUCCUCGGGCAUUGGCUACGCCGUGGCAGAAGGCAGCCUCGAACAUGGCGCCCACAUCACCAUCGCCUCGUCGAACCCAGAUCGCGUGGCCCAAGCCGUGAAGAAGCUCCAAGACGCAUAUCCAUCUGCCAAAGACCGUAUCGUCGGCCACGCGUGCAAUCUCAACGACGAAGCCACGCUGGAAGACAACAUCAUCCACCUCCUGUCCCAACUUCCGAAAGACACGAAACUGGACCAUGUGAACUGGACGGCCGGGGAAUACGUCCCCCCAACCCCUCUCGCCGAGGCCAGCGUCUCCAAGAUUCGCUCGGCGAUGACGACCCGCUAUAUUGCGCCUAUUAUUCUCGCCAAACACCUCCCUCCAUACCUCACGGCCUCCCCGGACAGCAGCAUAACCCUCACUACCGGCAUUGUGACCGAGAAACCCAUCCCCGGCUGGAGCGUAAUCGCCGGCGGACGCAGUGCCGUCAUAGGACUCGGCAAGGCUCUGGCGUUGGAUAUGAAGCCUGUGAGGGUCAAUGUGGUUUGUGUUGGAGCCGUGGAGACGCCCAGCUUGGAUCGUUUGCAAGGCGAGGCAAGGGAGAAGAUGUUCAAGGCGCUCGUGGACAAGAGUACCACAGGACGAGUGGCGAAGCCGGAAAUGGUCGCCGAAGCAUACUUGUACUGCAUGCGCGACGGAAACGUCACAGGGAAUGUAGUCGUGAGCAGUUCGGGGGUUCUAUUAACCUGA